ACUCCCGGGAACGAGGCGUCCGCCGGGCCGCCGCCGCCGCCGCCGGCAUGAGCUCCACGCAGUUCAACAAGGGGCCCUCGUACGGGCUCUCGGCUGAGGUCAAGAACCGGCUUCUGUCCAAGUAUGACCCGCAGAAGGAGGCGGAGCUCCGAGGCUGGAUCGAGGGACUCACAGGCCUGUCUAUUGGUCCCGACUUCCAGAAGGGUCUGAAGGAUGGAAUUAUCCUGUGCACACUCAUGAAUAAGCUGCAGCCGGGCUCAGUCCCCAAGAUCAACCGCUCCAUGCAAAACUGGCACCAGCUAGAAAACCUCUCCAACUUCAUCAAGGCCAUGGUCAGCUACGGCAUGAACCCUGUGGACCUGUUCGAGGCCAAUGACCUGUUUGAGAGUGGAAACAUGACACAGGUGCAGGUGUCUCUCCUGGCUCUGGCAGGGAAGGCCAAGACUAAGGGGCUGCAGAGUGGCGUGGACAUUGGCAUCAAGUACUCAGAGAAGCAGGAGCGGAACUUUGAUGACGCCACCAUGAAGGCGGGCCAGUGUGUCAUCGGGCUCCAGAUGGGUACCAACAAGUGUGCCAGCCAGUCAGGCAUGACGGCCUAUGGUACGAGAAGGCAUCUGUACGACCCCAAGAACCAUAUCCUGCCACCCAUGGACCACUCAACCAUCAGUCUGCAAAUGGGCACCAACAAGUGUGCCAGCCAGGUGGGCAUGACGGCUCCUGGGACCCGGCGGCACAUCUAUGACACCAAGCUGGGGACCGACAAGUGUGACAAUUCCUCCAUGUCUCUGCAGAUGGGCUACACACAGGGUGCCAACCAGAGCGGCCAGGUCUUUGGCCUGGGCCGGCAGAUAUACGACCCCAAGUACUGCCCACAAGGCCCAAUGGCCGACGGGGCUCCAGGGUCAGUUGGCGACUGCCCAAGCCCAGGGAAGGCCCCGGAGUACCCUCCGUACUACCAAGAGGAGGCGGGCUACUGAGGCCCCAUCCUUGCAGAGUGUCUCCUCACGCCAUCGUCCCGUCGGGAAUUUGGGGUUUUUCUACGUUUUCAUCUUGUUUUUCUAUGUGUUUAAGUUGAGGGUCUGUGAAAGCCAGAUCCAAAUGCAUAUAGGCUGGGGGUCCCUCCUAGGGCACACCCAGGUAGCAAAUUUCCCAGCAGGCUUAGGGCCAAGCGGGGGGGAGGGGGGACGAGGUAGAAACCUGUGCAGGGAGGGAAACUGGCCCCAAAUGCUUCCGGUUGCUUCUGCCCCUCUUCUCUUUUCUCUGCUGAUCAGUUUGUGGUUUCUGUACCAACAGAAGUUUCAGGCAGUUUUAACAAAAGUAAUUUUUGGGGGGCGGGGGUGCGGUGGGAAGGAAGGAAGUUCCUUGGGAGAGGGCUGGACCAUAGUCCCCAGAUAUUUUAGGCAUUGUGAGGGACUGCGUUUCCCCAGGACCCUCACAGGGCACCCGGGAGGAAACAGGCAGACAGGACAAUAGAGUUCUGAGUGGUUGAGGUAAAGCCAGACCCCCACCUCUUCCAUGCUUGUCCCCUCUCCCCCGCCAAGUACUGCACAGGGACCCCCACUAGGAGGCCCUCCCUGGGACCAGCCCCACCCAGGAGCCCUGGGACCAAGAGAUAAUGUGAAAUACCAACUGUGGACCAAAGGCAAUAAAAACCUCUUUUUAAAAGGAAAA